AUGAAGUCGAUCGGCAUCUUCCCCGGCUCCGGUGCCCUCGGCGGCUGCACAUACGACUACCUCUUGAAGCUUCUGCCGGCCGACCACAUCAUCCUGAUCAACCGGCACCCGGAGAAGGUGCCGCAAGAGCACAUCAAGAACGGCGUUCGCGCGCGCAAGGCCUCGUACGAGUCCAGCCCGUCCGACCUCGAGGCCGUCUUCUCGGGGAUCGAGGUGCUCUUCUUGAUCUCGUAUCCCAGCCAUGUGCACGACUACCGGAAAAAAGUGCAACUCCCAGCAAUCGACGCCGCGCGACGGGCGGGUGUGAAGCACAUCUUCUACAGCUCGCUCGCCUUCGCCGGCGACCUUGAAGACUCGUCCGUGGCGGAGGUGAUGCAGGCCCACCUCGACUCGGAGCGGUACCUCGCCGAAGCUGCCGCGUCGGAUCCGGGCUUCACCUACACCUCCGUGCGCGAGGGCCUCUACUCGGAGUCGUAUCCGAUCUACACGGCCUUCUUCGACAUCACCGCGCCGCCGCCGUCGACGACGACGACGACGACGACGACGACGGACGAGAUCCUCAUCCCGCACGACGGGUCCGGGCCGGGCGUCGCGUGGGUCAAGCGCGCCGAGCUGGCCGAGGCGACGGCGAAGCUCAUCUCGCAGUACUCGUGGGACCCGGACCAGUUCCCCCACGUCAACGACAAGGUCCUCCUCACGGGGCCCCGCGUCUGGUCGCUCGCGGAGACGGUCGAGGUGCUGGGCAGGGCCGCGGGGCGGGACGUCCGCAUCCGCAGGGUGGACGUCGACGAGUACGCCAGGCUGCCGCAGGUGGUCGCGCGCUUCGGGUCGCGCGAGAAGGCGAGGACGUGGGCGACGGCCUGGGAGGCCAUCGCCAAGGGGGAGACGGCCGUCGUGACGGACACGCUCAGGGAGGUCAUCGGACGGGACCCGGAAGAGUUUGACGUGACCAUCAAGCGGCUGGGCCAGGCGAGGGACGCGUGA